AGCUCGAAGUACAGGGGUGUCACUCGUCACAGGCGCACGAAGAGGUGGGAGGCGCACAUCUGGGACGACAAGAAGCAGGUGUACCUGGGAGGCUUUGAUGUGGAGGAGCACGCAGGCAAGGCACACGAUGUGAUGGCGCUCAAGUGCCGGGGCCCCAACUCGCCGCUCAACUUUGCACAGGAGGAGUACGAUGAGCUGCUGCCCAUGCUGCCCAGCCUGACAAAGGACGAAGUGGUGCUGCUGCUUCGGAGGCAGAGCAAGGGCUUCGCGAAGGGCACAUCAAAGUACAGAGGCGUAGUCAAACAGCGGAGCGGCAAGUGGGAUGGCCGCAUGGGGCAGUAUCCGAAAAGGAAGUAUAUGUACGUGGGGGUCUAUGGCGGGAUAGAUGAGGGCGCUGCCGCCUAUGAGCGCACUGCAGGGGAAAGCAACAGCGGCCACUCUGUUUCCAACCUC